GGGAAGUGAUGCCGUCGUCGAGUGUCACUGGGUAGCCACUUCCUGCCUGCAAGUCAGUUCCAGACCUGCGCAGAAGCGGGAUGUACUUGGCCGCCCAUCGGAGUUUGCAGAAGGUCUGGCUAUUACGGCUCCAGAUGACGGAAGCGUCUUCUUGUGCUCGCGACUAUAGCACAACGAUCUCGGCAAUGCCCCGUAGACAGAAUAUAACCGCGAAACCCAGUGCUUAUUAGGCUCACCUGCACGUGGUAUGCGCAGACGUAGUGAUGCGGGUCGCGCGGGUUGGACGCAGAUUCGAAUUCCAGCGCGCGGGUGUACAGGACGGACAUGACCUCCGGAUGCGUAGCGGGCUUGCGUCGGUUGAACUGACUUUAGCGUCCCGCCUACACUGUGAACUCGGUCGUUUGACUUGGACAGAGAACGCUAUGGGAGAACUGUCCAGCGAGCCCGCGGCUGGUGGAAAAGGUAGGGACCUGGAUAUGUCGGCGUACUCAAGGGACUGUGAUCUGAGUUUAUAGCCAAAGACAUGCGCGUAUCAGCGCCAGAUAUUUGGUUAUAAAUUCAGGGCAGAGAUUCAA